AUGAAUUCGUCUCAGGAAGAUCUGUUUUUUGAUCAAAGCAGAUCCCUUCGUCUGGACGCUUUUGGCAGCUCUCUACUUGAGAUUGAGCGGGGAAAAUUUCAAGCUCAACACGUCCCAACUUAUCAUCACUUUUCUUCCUCGGAUCUUUCCAUUGAAGUCUCCAUUUCUCUACACGACAGUAAUAAUGAAAAGCAGUUCUUGUACGAGCUCAAACCAUCCACUUACUCAGAAAAAGUUUCUCUUAUCGUUUCCAGAGCUCGCAGUGUUAGUUUUCCACCACCGUUUGCUGCGUUGCUUCUCUCUACAAAGCUAGAUGUGCCGACUUCAAACGAAUGCCCUAUAAGUGCCAACUUUCUACAACAACUAACGGGUCAUACUUCGCAUGCAAUUAUUGUCUUUGGCGCCGCUGACGGUUCCAUAUUCGCUCUACCUACGACAGAACCUGCAAAAAUCAUGCGGAUCUUCCACUUCCCGUCGCUCUCUCCCGUAUCUGACCUUUCGAUGCUCUAUUGCAUUCCCUCCCCAGAGUUGGACAUCGUUGAUGGAGACAUCGAUGAGUGCUUAGUUGCUAUUACGUCGGGAGGAUUACUUGCCGCUUGUUACUUAAACGCUGACCAGUAA